AUGUCUGGGUUCGAAAUAGCUGGGGUAGUUUUGGGAUCGCUGCCGUUGGUGAUAGUGGCUCUGGAGCACUAUGCUGAAGGGCUUUCAACAAUCAAAAGUAUGCAAAAGUACGAGGAAGCAUUUGAGUGUCUUCAUGCUUCUUUUGUAACCAACGCUUGCAUAUACAGGAACUCAUGCGAAGAGCUUCUGGGUCCAUUAGCUCUUUCAGAUGCUCAAGUAUGUCAGCUACUCGAAGACCAUGACAGCUCGUCAUGGGAGGAUGCUGACCUCAACGACGCUCUGCGCAAUCGAUUGGGAAACAAUUACUUGCCAUUCAAGUCCUCAGUCAAGCAGCUGAACAAGAAGAUCAAUCUCUUUGCGCGGAAAUUGCAACUAUGCGAUAACUUUCAGGAGGCCUCAAGACGAAGCACUACAAGCAACUGCUAUCAUCCAUCGAAGAGGACAUCGGCCGCAUCGCCAGCCUUACUGCAGGAGCAAUUGCGCUUGAACCUCUACGACUUCAAAGAAGACGUAAAGCCAACACGGAAUAUCUUCUGA